UCAUGAUAAUGUUCAAAGUUAACUCAUAAAAAAAUUCAAAAGAAGAAGAACUUGUUCCUUGCGAUACUUUGAUUUUAUAUCAUUUUAAAUAUUUGCUGCUGGACUGUAAAAAAUUCAAGAUGUCGCUCAAACAGGCAGUUCACGAAAAGAUUAUGUCUGAUGUAGUUCAGGCAGUAAAAAAGAAUGGAGAAUGGAAAGUAAUGAUUGUAGAUCAGCUGAGUAUGAGGAUGAUAUCAGCAUGUUGCAAGAUGCAUGAAAUAAUGACAGAAGGAAUAACAUUGGUUGAAGAUAUAAACAAGAGAAGAGAAAGAUUGCCGAAACUUGACGCUGUUUACCUUAUAACACCGACAGAAAGGUCUGUCAAUUUACUAAAGCAGGACUUCAGCCACCCUAUAAACAACCAAUACAGAUCAGCACAUGUUUUUUUUACAGAAGCUUGUCCUGAUGUUCUUUUUAAUGAAUUGUGCAAGUCCUCAAGUGCAAAAUACAUAAAAACUCUGAAAGAAAUAAACAUAGCAUUUCUGCCGUAUGAAUCUCAGGUCUAUCAUCUGGAUUCAGCAGAGACUUUCCAGUAUUACUAUAACCCACUACGACAGUCAGGGCGGACGAUGAAUCUAGAACGAUGUGCUGAACAGAUCGCCACGUUGUGUGCCACCCUCGGAGAGUAUCCAAGUGUCAGAUACAGAAGUGAGUUUGACCGGAAUGCUGAGUUUGCUCAGAUGGUACAACAGAAGCUGGAUGCUUACAGAGCUGAUGAUCACACUAUGGGAGAGGGGCCCCAGAAAGACCGCUCACAACUUCUAAUCAUUGACCGAGGAUUUGACCCCAUCUCUCCUCUAUUACACGAACUGACCUUUCAAGCCAUGGCGUAUGAUCUACUACCAAUUAUAAACGAUGUGUACAAAUAUGACAACACCAGUGGAGAGAUCCACGAGAAGGAAGCUCUCCUGGAUGAGAAUGAUGAAUUAUGGGUGGGUCUGAGGCAUCAGCACAUCGCUAUAGUGUCCCAGCAAGUUACAAAGCAGUUAAAACAGUUUGCCCAGGACAAGCGGAUGAACGAUGGGGAAAAGGCUAACAUUCGGGAUCUGUCACAAAUGUUGAAGAAGAUGCCACAGUACCAGAAGGAACUCAGCAAGUACUCCACACAUCUCCACUUAGCAGAGGACUGUAUGAACAAGUAUCAGAAACAUGUGGAUAGACUGUGUAAAGUUGAGCAGGACUUGGCAAUGGGAACAGAUCCUGAAGGGGAGAAGAUCAAAGAUCACAUGAGAAAUAUUGUUCCCAUUCUUCUGGACCAGAACAUCAUGGCAUAUGACAAAGUGCGCAUCAUUCUGCUCUAUGUUAUACACAAAGGAGGAAUCACGGAGGAGAACUUGGCCAAGCUAGUACAGCAUGCUCAGAUCCCGAUGGACGUGAAGUGUAUCAUCACCAACAUGCAGAACCUGGGGGUGCCUAUCAUACAGGAUCCUCAAGGUAACAAAAGUUUUAGUGUGGGGAUAAUCGAGGAUUAUGGGACAUUUCAAGGCAUUGCCCAGGGAGGCAAGAAGAAGUCCCAGCCCUAUCAGCCCUUCAACAGGAAAAACAAGGUGGCUGAAAAUACUUACCAGAUGUCACGGUGGACCCCCUACAUCAAGGACAUAAUGGAGGAGGCUGUAGAUGACAAGUUGGACUCCAGACAGUUCCCGUUCCUGUCCGGCGGAGCUCCCAGGACGGGUGGGGGCUACAGAGGACCACCGAUCAGUGCUCGUUAUGGACACUGGCAUAAAGACAAGAGCCAGGCUGGCUACAAGAGUGGACCGCGGCUAAUCAUAUUCGUGAUUGGGGGCGUGGCUUACUCCGAAAUGAGGUGUGCCUACCAGGUGACACAGGCCUGCAAGAACUGGGAAAUUCUGAUUGGCGCCACCCAUCUGCUGACCCCUGAAGGGUUCCUCGAGGACCUGAAAGGCCUCUCCAACACUCCUGGAAACUGAGCGGAAAUUUCCGGAGGUUCUGUGUACACAGGCUUAGUGACCCGCACUUGACAAGCAUCCGUCAGACCCAGACAAUGCCGCCAUUGUCUGUGUCUGUGAAUCGCGUCAUUCUCAAGUAAACUUUAAUUGGUCUCUUUGUUACCAAAAACUAGGAUUUUAUGUAGAAUAAAUAUUUUCAAUGUAUUAAACCUGGGACUGUAUUAGACUUUAAUUGUGGUUGAAUUAUAAUGUGUGGGACAACACAAAGAUUGCUGAUGAUGCUUCAUCUGUAUGUUUGUUUAAAAACUGCACCCAUAAUCAGUAGACAGUUGUAGAAAAAUAUGUAUUUGACUGCCACAGUACAAGAAAACAUCCUAUUAAAGUAUGUUGAAUACUGCAGUCUUUAGAAUCAACAUGUUGAAUAUGUUUUCACCAGUUGAAGCUUGUUAAGUUUCCUGUUUAUGAUGCAUACAUUAUGUAUAGUCUAAGAACUUUGUUAUAACUAUGUUCUUUUUUAUAUUUCUAGGAUUAGUCUGUGUAGAGUUUUAUGUGCAAUAUUGAUUUUCUUUAUUUUCUACACAGAUUAGUAUGUAUAGAACCAAAUACUCGGCUGACUGCGGCAGCCAUAUUACUUUGUGUUGACCUUUCUACAGCCCAUCUGCUUUGUUAAUACAUAUUGGCAUUUUCAUGUUUUGUAUUAAUGAUAACAAUAUUGUGUUAUCUUAUUUCAGAGAUGGGUGGAAUAUCUGCAAUAUAACUUGUAGCGAAGUAGCUGUUUGUGAUUUCAUAGAUUAAAAAAAAAUUAUUUGUUACUCUAUGUCUCUUAGCUUUGUCAUGUAUGUAUAGCAUAGAAUAAUUUUUAUACAGUAGCCAUUUUGAAAUAUUCAUUGUGCUUAUGUGUAAAAUUUUAAAUCAACUCCAUGAUAUUGUUGCCCUGUUUGGCUAAGUAGCUUAAGCAUGUGACUGAUAUCUCUGGUCCCUCCCUGUGUACUGGAAUUCCUUUGAGCAGUCAUUAUAACCAAUUAUUAUGACAUCAUGUUGUUAAUUACAAACACACUGUCUAGUCUAUUCUGACUUCUCGUUUAUAAUAAUGUUACUAAAAAAUUGUCUUGUUUACAAUUGAACGAAAUGGAAUUAUUCUGUGUAUGCAUGACAAUGUAGAAUUAGACAAAUAUCCCUGUAAAUCUAUAAGCGAUAUUUCUGUGUGAACAGCACUGAUAAAGUAGCAAGAUUAGUGCCAUGUCAAGGAGCAAGGCUUAGAAGGAUAUUAUAGGAAGAACAAUCGGUCAAUCCAUCUCCAAGUUGAAACAAUCAGAAAUGUAACACCCCCCUCCCCCACCCCAUCUGUACAGUCUGUUGACCUUUGGAUGUUUCGCUUUAACUUUUUAAUUUUAUUACUAGUUCCUGCUAGGGUUAUCACAGUUUGUGUAAUAAAGCUCUUCUUAUCUUGUUUGUUGCAGUAUGACCUCAGUUUCCCCAGCUUUUAGAUUCUAUAAGGUCCGUGGGACAUCCUUCUAAGUCCGGCUCACUUUCUACAUUCCUUUCUUUAGUGUACUAUGUUGUGUCCAAUACAAUGAAAUUAAUAAAAAUAUACAAGUA